GGAUACUGGUACAGUAGUGUAAGUAUGUACGCGUACACCGUGAAUGCGCCAAUGUAUAGAAUAAUAGUGUCUCGGCUCGACUACUGGAACGUAACUAUUUGUUGACGUGGUUUGUGUAUUUACCGCGCUGGAAUUAAACUUGCGUUAAUCGUUGCCCACGGGGCUGUAGUUUGAUUAAUCUCGAGCUCGGAUCCCGUGACCAAGUGGAGGAGUAGAGCUCAGUUCCUUCGGUCGUUGUCAUUUGAAAAACGGAAGCCAUCUUGUGGCCGAGCCUCCCAUAUUAUAAGCCAACAAGAGUGCGAGAGAGAGAACCGCUGAGCGGAUUACACUCGGUGUACAGGGGCUCAAGUCGAAAGAGAAAGAUAACCAGACAUUGGUGAUACACAUUUAUCCAAUAUUCGUCAGCCCCUCAGACUAUGCAUGAAUUAUCGCAUCACGCUUUUACAUAGCCAUGGCUGCGACGAGAAAGUUGCAAGGGGAAAUUGACAGGUGCCUUAAGAAAGUCACAGAAGGAGUUGAAACUUUUGAAGAUAUCUGGCAAAAAGUUCACAAUGCCACCAAUAGCAAUCAGAAGGAGAAGUAUGAGGCUGAUCUCAAAAAAGAGAUCAAAAAGCUUCAGAGGCUACGUGAUCAAAUUAAAAGCUGGAUUGCCUCAGGAGAGAUCAAAGAUAAAAGUACCUUGCUUGAUUACCGAAAACUUAUUGAGACGCAAAUGGAAAGAUUCAAAGUUGUGGAAAGAGAGACAAAGACAAAGGCUUACUCUAAAGAAGGUCUAGGAGCAGCUCAAAAACUUGAUCCUGCCCAAAAAGAACGAGAAGAAGUUAGCAAUUGGUUGGCAAAUUCUAUAGAUACUCUCAAUUUACAGCUUGAUACUUUUGAAUCAGAAAUAGAAUCCUUACUAGCAGGGAAGAAAAAGAGGUUAGACAAAGACAAACAAGACAGAAUGGAUGAGCUCAAAGCAAAAUUGGAUAAACAUCGAUAUCACAUAAAAAAGCUGGAAACUUUGCUGCGCAUGUUAGAUAAUAUGUCUGUUGAAGUUGAUACGAUCAAAAGGAUAAAAGAUGACGUUGAAUAUUAUAUAGAAUCGUCCCAAGAGCCAGAUUUUGAAGAGAACGAAUAUAUUUACGAUGAUAUUAUUGGUAUUGACGAUGUAGACAUUACGGGUGUAACAAUACCGUCGUCUGCGACAACGGAUAGUAAUAACAGUAAUGAAACUGGCGGCACUCCGACAUCCACAAACUCCGGAACAUCGCCAAUACCAUCACCUCCUUUGAGUUCAACAAUGCACAAUCAUUCGAGUGAUAGCUCUACAGAUAAUGAUAAAAAGACUAAGCCUGUAAAACCAACAGCAGUCAGGCCUCUAGUCAAUUCCCAAGCGAGCAUUCCAACAACGGGAAGCACUGCCAAUGCGAAAACGACGUUAUUGUCAAGCACUCCAAGCAAAACCAUUCCCAUGACAUCGAUAAGCCAUAGCUCGCCGAGUUCUACUAGUAAUCAUCUCGCUACAACUAAUGCUGGCAAUUUUGCCACAGUAGCUGCCUCUCAUAGCAACUCGCAAGCCAUUCAUACUACCUCUAAUAAAGCAGCGCCGCACAGUAUUGAGAAUGGAUUAUCCACGUCGACGAUAACAUCAAGUGUAGCGUCCAGUGUGCCACUGAAUCUUUCGCAGCAGCAGCAGCAACAGCUGCCGCAACCGCAACAACAGCAGCAACCUCAACCGAUACAGCAGCCACAACCUAUGCAACAGGCGCCACAGCCACCACAGCCGCAACUUCAGCAAGCUCAACCGCAGCAACAACCUUUACAACAACAGCAGCCGCAGCAACAGCAGUUAAUAAAUCCGGCGCCAACGCAGGUGGCUCACAUUUUACACAACCAGCAACAGCAAAGCCAGAACUAUGUGAAUGAGGUAGAUAUAACGACACCCGUGCCACCACCUUCGUCGUCGCCACGCUCGUCGAUCAGCAGCCAAUCGUCGCCCGUUCCUAUAAAUUCGUGCUCACCAGCGCCAUCCACUGCCAAUGGUCUCAUCCCUAAACUUCCUGAUGGUAUGUCCACUUUGAAGUCGAUCGCCCAGCAAGUAAUCGUGCGAGCGGGCUUGGAAAUGCCCCAGCCAUCCGAACCAACGAGGAGCAUCUUCGAUGGCCCCAAACCGAACAAUGUUAUUAACAGUAACAGCAAUGCCACCGGAGAAGCCCACAUUCCACCGUUGCUUGGUGUAGCACCUUUGGGGCCGGUACCCCUACAAAAGGAGCAUCAACAUCAAUUCCAAAUGAUGGAGGCUGCUUACUAUCACAUGCCUCAUCCUUCGGACUCAGAACGAUUAAGACCGUAUUUGCCUCGGAAUACUUGUCCUACGCCUAUCUACUAUCAGCAGUUGCAGAUUCCCCAUAUUGAUACGGUGGACUUUUUCGCUCGUCUUUCAACGGAAACAUUAUUUUUCAUAUUUUACUAUAUGGAAGGUUCUAAAGGUCAAUACUUGGCAGCUAAGGCAUUGAAGAAGCAGAGCUGGAGGUUCCAUACCAAAUACAUGAUGUGGUUUCAGAGGCACGAAGAACCGAAAAUCAUUAACGAGGAGUACGAACAGGGCACUUAUAUCUAUUUUGACUAUGAAAAGUGGGGACAGAGAAAAAAAGAAGGCUUUACAUUUGAGUACAAGUACUUAGAGGACAGAGAUCUCAAUUAAUCUCAAAUCCUGUUAUUAUCAAAGUCUCCAAAAAUGCACUAUUUCUGUAUUCGUACGAUUGAACAUUUGUGGAUAGACAUUAUUUUUUACAGCUCUAUAUUUUCGCAAUUACACUUUUAAUUUAUUAGCAAUAUAUGUCAAAGAACGUUGAAUCAAUGAGUAAUUGAAGAAGCAUCGCAGUUUUUGCGAUCUUGCAGUAAUACAGGUUCUUUUCCAAGAUUAAACACUAAGAAUUUUGAAGAGAGAAUAGUUAUCGAACGCGCUUAUUGGGGACAGUAAAUUGUAUGUAUAAUUGAUAAUAUGAAAAGCACCGGAAUCACACUUUAGCGAUAUAUAGUGUGCGGUGUGUGAUAAUAUGAGGAAGAAGUUGUACUCGUUGGCGACUGACUCUGUAAUACCAGUACAAACAUGAGUGCAUCCCAUCUACCAUACCUAUGGUUAGGUGGCGAGUACACAUGCUAUGGUAUGUCUUAAUGUUAGAUUAUAAGUAGCCUUUUUGUAUAAAGUAUAUUGAGGUGUAAAACCCUUAAAAUGAAUUACUGUACAGAAUGUGUAGAAAUAGUGAAUAAUAAUAUUAUGGAAUAUAUUUUAUUUCUCAUUU